AUGAUUCCUGCAACCGAUAAUCGACUUUUAUUUAUUCUUGAUUUAUUACCUAAAGAAAUAGUCUAUACUAUUUUUGACUUUCUUUGGGCUGAUGACAUUUUUUAUUCAUUUCUUAAUAUUAGUAAUGGUUUUAAUAAUAUUCUCUUAAUUUAUCAGAAUUAUCAUGUUAAUUUCAAAUCAAUCUUAAAACCCAAGUUCGAUUUAGUUUGUCGUUUUAUUCAACCAAAUCAAAUUACAUCACUUGUUUUAUCUGAUAGUAAUGAAACUCCAGGUCAAUCAAAAAUCUUUUUAUCACUCUUUCCUAUUGAACAGUUCAUUAAUCUUCGUGCAAUUACACUAUGUGACAUUGAAAAUGAUAGUCAUUCACUUUUCAUUAAUAUUCGUCAGCUAAAAUAUCUUCGUUAUUUUGAAAUAGAUACAUUAUCUCAUAUUUGGAUGAUUGAAACAAUGUCUCAACUCAAACGACUCAUAGUAAAUAAAUAUGUUGACAAUGAUUAUAAUCAUGAAAUUUUACUUUAUUCUAUUUCGUUUUCUCAUUUACGCAGCCUUACAUUACCUUAUUGUUCAUACGUUCAAUUACGUCAUAUUCUUUGUUGUGCCCCUAAACUUACUUCACUUAAUAUUUCAUUGAUUAUUUCUGAUUGUAGUGGUAUUGAUUAUUUUUCUGAACAACAUCAAGAGACACCUCUUAUUAUUAAUCAUCUCACAAUGUCCAUUCAAACAUUUAGUAAGUUGAAAAAUAAUUUGUCAAACUUUUUCUAA